AUGGCGAGCUAUUUCAAAACUCCGUUUCAAAUCGGUGGUGAGUCGCAUUUCAUCGAGGUAAAAGUCCCGAAAGUCGACGCAUCAGCUGGUAACAACAUCAUCUGUUGUGUCGAUGUUUCUGGCUCGAUGGAUGGUGCUCCAAUUCGUAAUGUCUGUCAAGUCUUACGUGAUAUUUACCAACGAACACAGAGGGAGUAUGGUUUGUUCACUUACAACACGACAGUGAACAUCAGUCAAACAAUAAAAUCAGUGGAGAAAAAAGAUUUGACGGCUAGUGGUGGAACAAGUUUCAGUUCGAUUUUCAGUGCCAUUCAAACGUAUUUGAUGAAGAAUCAAAAAUCAGUGACAUUCAUCUUCAUGACCGAUGGACAGGAUGGUGAUUCUCAAGAAGUAUUCAAGCAAGCCAUUCAACGAAUGAAAUUGACGAUCAGUGCAUUACCAAAAUCAGUGACAGUGACCUUUCAUGUGAUUGGAUUCGGCGAUGUGAAUAGCAAUUUUCUCGAACAAGUACGAAAAUUCGGAACGAGAGAAGGUCUCUUUCGUUAUUCCACGAAAUCUGUGGAAUUACAAAAUAACUUCAACGAUAUGUUCGACUAUGCCAUGUCAUCGAGAGAAUUCACCAUCGUUCUCAAUGGACAGACGUUCUCGUCGAGCAGCAACGAAGACACCGUCGGUUUUCUCAUCAACGGCAUGAAGAUCGACACUUCUUCACUGACAGAAAUCACUCUGAAAUCGAGCGACAGUGAAACAAAACUCCCUCUCGAACAGAUGGCCAACGUUCGACCAAUCCAUGUCAUUCGUGCGUUGAAUCUCGUCUCUCCCGACAAUGAAGAAUCGGUUCAAGCCAUUCGUUCCUUUUUGGGUUCGAUUGUUUGGUUGCCAGGAACAGAACUGAUGGAGAAACUGGAAUUGGAACAGAUCAAAAAGGAGAUUGACGAUCGAAUGAUGGAAUACACAAACCUUUUCACUCAGAUGAAAAUGGGCCAAGUUCCAGAACAAGUGCAAUUGAAAUUGAACGCCUUGAGGCACGAUGCCACCUUCGCCAAUGUUCAGCGACGAAAGAAGCUCGACUUACGCAUCAGUAAGAAUGUCGAUUACUUUCGCAAGACGGACAUCAGCGGCAUUCUCGACGGAUAUCGCCAAUCGAUCGAUCAAGAUGGGUGGAAUCGAAUCAAAGAACAGAAAUCUGACUGGGUAUGUACUUAUUCCAACGACGAUAUCUAUGAAAUGAUGAGAAAGACCUCGGAUAAUAUCAUGUGUUUGGGUAUUCUCAUCGAACGUAACGAGGAAGCGAUUACUUCUCCGACAAAAGGUCUGAAAUUGAUUAGUGUUUCCAACACGUUGAUCUCUUACGAUUCGUUCAUCACAGCGAUGAACUUCGCGAGAAAUGCGCAUCAACAGAAAAACUUAAAUACUGAAGGAGGCGCAACCUACGGACAAUUCUCCGGCAUCAACGAUACCUUCUGUGUCGUUGGUCAACUGCACGAGAAGAUCAACGCGGUCAUUCCUUUGUACAUCAAUUAUGAACACAUGAAACGUAUUCGAAUCUUAGAAGGUAUCUGGUUGGGUUAUAUGUUCACCUUGGAUUCCUAUGGCUACGAAAAACAACAAGAAAUUGGUCUACUGAAGUUACUCUACGAUAUCAUCAUGUUACGCACGGGCACAACGAAAAACCAACAGAUCAUCAGUGAAUUUGAGAAAGUCUGUCAUUUUAUCAUCACAGAAUCGAUUGGGUUUAAAACUGCGUAUGGAGAAAACACCUACGAGAAUUAUCUUCAGAGUAUUCAUGGGCGGCAGAGUAGUACCUACGAUCUCUCCAUUCCGCUGAUCAUUGCUUAUCUAAAGAAGCAUCUGAAACCAGCCUUGCUGCCCAUCUACUACGGUCAUCUUUACAGCCGAUUGCGUCAAAAACUCCCCGGGGAUAGGAUGACGAUCAUCAAACGCUUGUUGUAUGGAGAUGAAAAUCAAAUUGUCAAGACAGUGGCCAGUAACAAAGACAAAGAGCUCAUCGAUAUCAGUCAAGCCGAUCCUGAUUUUGUCGAGAAGAGUUUCAUUGAUUAUUUCCAUGAUGAAAAAUGUCAGCCGAUUGAAUUGAUUCCUGAGACAAAGACAGGCGAAGGCAGAAAAUUAAUUCAACAAGAACUCGAUGUCGAAUAUCUCAAAUCUUUUCUUCAAUCGAUCGAUCCACAAUUGAGUCUCGCUGUUCCUCUGGAGAUUAAAAAUAUUUUGAAGUACUGUCAAUUGGAUGAGAAUUAUCUCGAGAACAAUCUCGAUUACGAUGAUCUACGAAAAGAGUUGCUUUUGAUUCUCUUCUACGAAAAAGAAGUUCCUGAACGGGCAACCAAGUCGACGAUCAUGACGUUGAUCGACGACAGUAUCCAAGGGAAUAGAGAUCAUUCGGUGACCUUCGGCAUCACUCCCGAAGGGAUUCGAGUGGUCACUUACAAACUACUCACGGCGAAGACGCUCGAAGGUUUUGGCGGUCUUUUGAGAAAGUAUUGUCCGAAACGAUUUGGUCCAAUCUUCAAAGAAAUUCUCCAGAAACUUGCCACAACACCAGAAUCUGAUCUAAGUAACACAUCGGGCGAAGCUUUUCUCAAUCGAGAGAAACUGCUAGUCUUGUUAACAAAUGAAAUCGGAUAUUCUCAAGUAUACACCGGAGAGCUUGGCAAAUAUGCUUGGCAACCAUCAUUAUUCAUCGAUGUAACUCUCUUAGAGAAAGUGUUGGGCACAGAAAAAUUUCGAGAAAUCCAACGCAAGAUUGCGUCGAAGACACACGAUCAUGGCUACAGAUUAUCCGAUAAACCCAAUCGGCACGGGCAUUGCAAUAGCAAUCCCUACUAUGGACGACGAUAG